GGACAGAGCCAAGGCGCGUCCCGCCCCAGAGACCCGGGCUGCAGAGUUUCAGUUUCGUUUCCCGAGAGGUCCCUCCCUGUUCCCCGCAGAGCCACCUUCUUUUCCUUGCUCUGUGGUCCCGUCGGACCGUUGCCUGAAACAGGUCGCCAGGAUUAACAGACUACACUUGGAAACACGAAAGAGUAUAAACGUCUAAAGACACACGUGGGACCCAAGGAUGGCCUUUCACACGGGUGCUGGAGCAGCUGCGGCCCCUGAAACAGCAGGUAUGACUGCCUCACUCUCGCUCUUACUUAAGAAAGGCUUUGCUCAGCUCUUCCCUCCGUGCAGAAGAGGGCACACGGAAGGAGACUAUCUCCCCCUCGGGGGCUCAGCCGAUUCUCAUGAAGAACACACUAGAUGGCAAAUUCCCAUUAAACACAACGUCUUCGAAUUUUUAAAAAGCAAGGAGAGCCAACUGUGUGAAGUCCUCCAGAAUAAGUUUGGAUGUGUCUCUACCCUGAGCUGUCCAGCUCUAGCAGGAAACAGCUCUCCCGCUCAGCAGGUCUUCAGAAAGAGGCUGACCCCUAGCAUAGAGUUAUCCGUCUGGAAGGAUGACCUCACCAGACAUGUUGUUGAUGCUGUGGUGAACGCAGCCAAUGAAGAUCUUUGGCACGGAGGUGGCCUGGCUGGAAGCUUGGUGAAAGCUGGGGGCCUUGAAAUCCAAACCGAGAGCACAAAAUUAGUCAAUAACUAUGGUAAAGUUUCAGUUGGUGGAAUAGCUGUCACGAGCGCAGGGAGGCUUCCUUGCCGUUGGAUCAUCCAUGCCGUCGGUCCUAGGUGGACAGCAACGGACAGCCCCAUGAAAGCUAUUGCAUUGCUGAAAUGUGCCAUUUGUAAUAUUCUAGACUAUGUCACCAGAAACGGUACACACAUUAAGACAGUAGCAAUUCCAGCCCUGAGCUCUGGCAUUUUCCAGUUUCCUCUGGAUUUGUGUACACGCACCAUUUUAGAAACUAUCCAGUUUUAUUUCCAAGGGAAGCAGACGAUCAGUGAUUUGAAAGAGAUCCACCUGGUGAGCAAUGAGGGCCCUACUGUUGCGGCCUUUAAGUACGCGUCAGAAAGCAUCCUGGGGAAGGAGCCGGGCCUCUGGGAGAUUCCAGAAACUACUCCUUCUUCACAAGUGACUCUCCAAAUUGGCCAGGGCCUGACGUUCCAGAUUGUCCAAGGCCACAUUCAAAUGCAAACAACAGACGUAAUUGUUAAUUCCACAAACAAAUAUGAUCUUAAAGGCGGAUGUGUAUCUAACUCAAUUCUUAAACAAGCGGGACUUGAAAUGGAAAGGGAACUCGACAAGUUUAGGUGCUCUGCAGAUGAGGUGGUACGUGUCACAAAAGGAUUUAAAUUGUCCUGUCAGUAUGUGUUCCAUGUGAUAUGGCAACCCAAUAACAAAUACCAGCUAUUGAAAGAUGCCAUGAGGAGCUGUCUGAAAAAAUGCCUUAACCCGGAUAUAAAUUCCAUUUCCUUUCCUGCUCUUGGGACAGGAGCGAUCGAUUUAGAGAAGAGUAUAGCAGCACAGAUAAUGUUUGAUGAAGUUUUGGCAUUUGCCAAAGAGCACAGGGAAAAAACACUAACUGUGAAGAUUGUGGUCUUUCCAGUAGAUACGGAGGUAUACAGAGUUUUCUGUGCUGAAAUGACAAAGAGGUCCAGUGAGCUGAGUCUCAGCAUGAACAGUGCUGUUCCAGUCUCCCAGUGGACCAGAAGGGAGCAAAGAAGUGGGCUUGAAGCUGGAUUCCCUGCCAUCAAUCUGAUGGGUGUGAAUGCGGGAGAGAUGUGUGAGGCCAAAGAAUGGAUUGAAAGGUUGCUGACCUCUGAGGACCACCACAUCAUUGAGAAUAAUCAUAUUCUCUACCUUGGGAAGAAAGAGCAUGACACGCUGUCUCAGCUCCAGAAAACCGCAUGUGUCUCCAUUUCAGAGACUGUCAGUCCAGGAAAGGCAACUUUGGAGAUUAGAGGUGCCCAGGCUGACCUCAUUGGAGCAGUGAUGAGUAUUGAGUCUAUGCUGUGUGAAAUUCAGGAAGAAGUGGCGAGAAAAAAGGAGAAGAGUCUCUUGAGCUUGUCAGGACAGCAAGGGAAACUGGAUGAAAUGGAAGAGUUUUGCACAUAUCAACGAUACCCGGCAUCUUUAACUUGGGAACUUGAGGACCGAAAGAAACAGUUUGAAAAGUAUGGCUUGUGGGUUGUGAAGGUGGAGCAGACACACAAUAAGGCACUCCUGGCUGCCUUCCAGGAGAAGAAGAAAAUGAUGGAAGGGAGGGCACCGAGGGGAUCUGGGAGCCAAAGGUUGUUUCAGCAGGUCCCAUAUCAGUUCUGCGAUGCGGUGUGCAGAGUCGGCUUUCACAGGCUGUACUCGGCGCCCUGUGACCCAGUUUAUGGAACCGGCAUAUAUUUCACCAAGAGCCUCAGAAAACUAGCAGACACAGUCAAAAAGACCUCUAGUGCAGAUAAGCUAAUCUAUGUGUUUGAGGCAGAAGUACUCACAGGCUCCUUUUGUCAGGGUAAAUACUCAAAUAUUGUCCCUUCACCAUUGAGUCCUGGGGCCUUAGAUGCUCAUGACAGCAUGGUUGACAGUGUUUCCAACCCUGAAACCAUUGUUGUUUUUAGUGGCACGCAAGCGAUGCCCCAGUAUCUGUGGACUUGUACACAGGAUAGGACACUGUCAGAGCGUCAGAUAUGGUCACAGGACUGCUCAUCAGGACCAGACAUGGACUCUUCACUGCAUUCCUGGGUGAAGAUCUCAAGUGGCAGCCCUGUUUAGUGAAUUGACAAAAUAACGACUGUGAGUGACUUACAGAGUGGCUUGAACAUAAAUUGUUCAAACAACUGGGUUACUAAAGACACCUAGUACAUAUUACCAUCUUAGUGCCUUUGUCUUUACCUCUGGGCUUGAGUGGAAAGAUACCAACUAAAACUUGUUCCUGUCUCUUCUUGACAUCUCCAUCUCCUUUCCUAUAGCAAGAAUAUUUUAUAUAUAACAAAGAUUUUUUUUUCUAGUAAGUAAUUCAAGCCUGUUAUUUUCUAAAAUGAUGAUAGUAUCAUUUGGACAACAGAAUGAUUUUAGAUUUUCUGUAUAAUUUUAUAAAGUGCUUUGGAUAUACAAAUAAAUCACCAUUGUUUGAGUUA